AUGGUGAAAGGGCGGCAGGGUGAGAGAGUCCGACUAUAUGUCCGGGGAACAUGCAAUGGUUGGUGUCGGUCGAAGUCGAACCUGUAUCCAAACACGUCGUUGAUACACAUAGAAGGAGUGAACACACAGGAGGAGGUUGGGUGGUACCUUGGUAAGAAAAUGGCGUGCAUUUGGGGCAAAGUUGCUCGCCCUCACGGUAACAACGGCGUUGUUCGCGCCAAAUUCAAAUCUAAUCUUCCCCCUAAAUCAAUGGGUGCUAGGGUUAGGGUCUUCAUGUACCCCUAG